CAAGCCACCAUUCUCCCCUUCUUCAAAUCAAAUUGCACAGAGGAGGGGAACAAAAAAAAUCUCAAAAGAGUUAUGGGAGGCGGGAGUUGACAGAAUCGCAUAACAGAGUAGCAAACAUCACGCUUUUGCGUGACACCCACGCAUACAGCUCGACACACCCGAUUUCGUCUACGGUCGCAAGACCACUCGUUCUUUUCCGUUUCCUUUUUGUAUACGAUACCCACGCAAUCGAUUCCACGAACAGAAGGGCUUCCUGCGACGCCUUUCUCGCAGCACAUGCGAGCUGCUCGUUUUCUUAAAUUUACAGCCUUCUUCUACCACGAACUCCACAGACUCUACCCAGUCUUUUAGACUUGCGAAACCCCGCAUAACGUUAGCGUCCAUGUGUUUUACACCCGCACAACCGCAAACCACCGCCACCGUGAAAGCCUUGAACUUCCAGGAUGGCCACGGCAGAGGUUCUGUUCUCCACGUCCGCCGGCUGGACAGGAGACGCCGCAGAUGGCUGGCCGUCGAUAUGGCAUGGGACGAGGACGACUGGAUCGGUUGAGCGCCAUGCGCAGCGAACUCGGGAUGACCUAUUCCGGAGACUAAGAUGGAUUGCUCAAGCGUGGGCUAGCGAAAGGGAACAAAGGCGACAUCUCACGACACAGAAAAGGUCCUCAUUUGUACCGCUGAUCACACCAAACAUCAGCCCAAAAUGGUCACACAGAUUGGCACAGGCUGGUGUCAUAUCCCGUGACCCCAACUCGGAUGAUGACAUUCUGUCGAGUCCCCCAACGGAUCUUACAGAAACCGACCAGUCUGUGACUAUACGCCUGUCAGACUCAACACACCUGGACUCGGUACCUACGACAAACGGUCAACCUACGUCUCGGAGGAGUCGGGACAGAGACAUGUUUGCCGAUCCGAGCUCAACUGUUGACAUCGACUUCUCAUCCCCACAAGGGUUCAGGGAAGUUGCCAAGAAAAAGAAAAAGGCAGCCGCGGCACCCGCACCGACCAACAAUAACAACGACGACAAGAAAGAUGAUCCAGCCGACGGCGGCGGCGGCGACGACAAGAACAACGGAAAUGCGGACUCCGGCGCUGGCGGCGGUGACGCAGGCAACGGCGGUGACGACAAAAAGGAUGACAAGAAAGACGACAACGGCGGCGAUGACGCUUGGGGAGACUUCGCAGCCGUGGGUGGCAAGAAGAAGAAGGGUAAGAAGGGCGCGGCCACCGAGGAAAAGGAGGAACCCCCGGUUUCCUCAACAUUUGACGCCUUCCAAGAAAUCAAACUGGACGAGGGACCCAAUCUAGACCUUAGCUUUGGUUCAAAAUCGAAUGAUAAAGCAGCACCAAGUUUUGGGGCGUGGGGAUCUAGUUGGAGUACAGGGGGAGCAGGCACAUCUUGGGACUUUGGAGCAACCAAAACUAACACGCCUGCAGAAGAAGAGAAAAAGGAAGAGGAUAAUCCUUGGAGCCUUAAUCGCCCAAAACCUAAAAAAAAGGGUACGACUGGAUUCUCUUUUGGCGACAUCGGUGAAGUGGAAGAAGUCAUCGAGCCCAAGAAGGAGGAGCCCGUGGCCAGCGAUGACUGGGGUGGCUGGGGCACUGCCUCUAAGAAGAAAGGUAAAAAGGCUGAACCCGAUCCAGAUCCCGAGCCCGAACCGCCAAAACCCGCCGAUCCUCCACCAGAGGAUAUAUGGGGCACCGCGAGUUCGAAGAAGGACAAGAAGAAGAAGAAGGGUGCAGUAGAGGAGGUCAAGGAAGAGCCCCCGAAAGAACCAGACCCUCCGCCACCCCCGGUAGAGGACAUUUGGGGCGUUGCGGCAUCCAAGAAGGACACCAAGAAGAAAAAGGGCAAGACUUCUAUUUGGGACGAGCCAGCCAAGGAACCGGAGCCGGAGCCAGAGCCCGUUAAAGAGCCGGAGCCGGAGCCUGAACCGGAACCUGAACCGGAAAAGAAGGAGGAAGAGAGCGGCUGGGGUGUGUGGGGCGCAACAACCACCAAGAAGGACAAGAAGAAAAAGAAAGGUGCAGUUGAGGAACCACCUCCUCCGCCUCCGGAACCAGAGCCUGUCAAAGAACCCGAUCCCGCCCCUGUAGAGGAUGCUUGGGGAUGGGGCACAACAACAACAGCAGCCAAGAAGAAGAAGAAGGGCAAAAAUGCUGUUGAAGAACCACCCGCUCCACCUCCAGAACCAGAGCCUGUCAAGGAACCUGAACCCGAGCCAGAACCAGAGAAGAAGGUCGAGGAAGAUAUUUGGGGCUUGUCCAGCUCCAAAAAGGAGAAGAAGAAGAAGAAGGGUGCCGUCGAAGAGGUUCCCGAGCCGCCCCCAGAGGAGAAACCGGCCGAGGAAGAAAAGAAGGACGAUUUCGACUUUGGCUUUACGGCAACGAGCUCCAAAAAAGACAAAGACAAGAAGAAGAAGACCAAGACCUCGAUCUGGGACGAGCCGACCAAGGAGCCCGAACCUGAGCCCGAAAAACCCGCUGAGCCCGAGAAGAAGGAAGAAGACGACUUUUGGGCCUCGAUCGGAGGCACCAGCAAAAAGGACAAGGACAAGAAAAAGAAGGGCAAAGCGGCUGAUGAGCCACCUCCAGAGCCGGAACCUGAACCCGAGCCCGAAAAGAAAAGCGACGAUUUUGAUUUUGGUUGGGGCGCGGCGGCAACCAAGAAGGACAAAAAGAAGAAGGGUAAGGCCGCCGAACCUGACCCCGAGCCCGAGCCUGAGCCAGAGAAGAAGGAGGAAGAGGACGACUUUUGGGCCUCCAUUGGUGGAAGCAAGAAGGAAAAUGACAAGAAGAAAAAGAAGGGAGACGAUGCCUUGAUCGACUUGGAAACCCCCAAAGAGGAGAAGAAGGAAGAAAAAGACGACUUCUGGAGCACUUUUGGCACAAGCAAGAAAGAUAAGGACAAAGACAAGAAGAAGAAAGACAAGGAAGAGUCUUCUGUCAAGCCGGACGCCAUCGAGGAGCCAUCCGAUGAUAUAUGGGGCGUUUCAUCAUCCAAGAAAAAGAAGGACAAGUCCAGCAGCAAAAACGUCCCCGUCGAGGUCGUUGGGGACACGGACAUCGCCUCUGUUCAGCCUGAUUCGAUCGAGGAGGCCAAGGAUGAUGGCUGGUUUGGCACCUCUUCUAAAUCUAAGGACAAAGACAAGGAUAAGGAGAAGAAGAAGGAGAAGGAAAAGGAGCCCAAACUGAGCAAGAAAGAGCAAGAGAAGUUGGACAAAGAGAAGGAAAAGGAGCGCAAGAAAGCCGAGAAGGCCGAGAAGGAACGGGCGAAGCAGGAAGCGGAGGAAGCUGCACGAGCCGAGGAGGAAGCUGCACGUGCUGCCGAAGAGGCCGCAGCGCGUGAAGCGGAGGAGGCGGCACAGGCUGCCAAAGAAGCCGAAGAGGCCGCUGCCCGCGAAGCUGAAGAAGCGGCGCAGGCUGCUAAGGAGGCCGAAGAGGCCGAGAUCCUUAAGGAGGAGGCUGAACUCAAAGCGCUGCAAGCUAAGAAGGACAAAGGUAGGCCCAAGAUGACCAAGAAGGACACGGACCGAUAUAACCUCCUCAAGUCCAAGGCAGACAUACGCAGCGAAGCAGCCGCCAACAAAGAGGCCGAGGAGGCUGCUGCUCGCGAGGCUGAAGAGGUCGCUGAUCGUGAGGCUGAGGAGGCAGCGGCACAGGCUGCCAAGGAGGCCGAAGAAGCCGCUGCGCGUGAGGCUGAGGAAGCGGCGCAGGCUGCUAAGGAGGCCGAGGAAGCUGCUGCACAUGAGGCUGAGGAACAAGCGCAGCGCGAACGCGAAGAGGCGGAGGCGAAAAAGAAGUCCAAAUCAUCGUCCAAAGACAAGGAAAAGAGCUCAUCCAAAUCCAAAUCCAAAGACAAAGAUGCCAAGAGCAGCAGCAAGGAUAAGGAUAAGGACAAAAAGAGUAAGGACAAGGAUAAAGACAAGGAAAAGGACAAGGACAAGGAUCUGGAUCUGGAUCAGGAAGAUUUUGACAAGGAGCUCGAAAAGGAUCUGCUUAAUCUCACCCCGGAAAAUGUGGAGGAGCUCUUAAAUGAGGAGCCCCCCGCCGAGGUUGAAAAGCCUAAGGAGGCGCCAGCGUCAGACGCGUUCAGCUUUUGGGGUGCAUCCAAAAAAGGCGCCAAAUCAGCCACUGCCGAAAUUAAAAAGGCUGAGUCAUCAAAGAUUCCAGAAGAUGCCACGGACGGCCUGGGCGACAACAGCGCAGAUGUGUCCUCGGCCAAGGCUACGAAGAGUGGCAAGAAAGUUGGCUCCAAGGUGGCGGACCGCCUGAAGGCUUUCCAACCCUCAACAACACCACCACCUGAGGAGGAGGAAGUUAUCCCAGACCCAGAGCCGCUGCCCCCACCACCACCGCCAGUCGAACCGCUGGUUGAAGAAGGCAAAGAGAAGAAGAAGAAGAAGUCUAAAAAGGCAGCUGCAGUUGCACCUGAAGUUGUUGAAGUUGUGCCCGAAGUUGUACCUGAAGUUGCGCCUGAAGUUGCGCCUGAAGUUGAAGUUGUCGAAGAAGCUACUCCCCCGCGCAGAAAAGUCAGGUCACAUCUACCAGGCAGUUUCCCGCUCGACGACGACGACGAAAUCGUUGACGUUGUCGAUAUGACUCCCGAAAAGAAGUCCUCCAAGAAGUCUAAGUCGCGGUCCAAGUCGGGAUCCGUCUCCGUGCCCCCUGCAGCUCCUCCCCCACCCCCGCCGCCGCCGCCUGCUGUUCCCGAUGCGCCACCCGCCGUUCCUGAUGCGCCGCCCUCUCCUGAGGAGGAAAAGCCGUCCAAGAAAGAGCGCGCCAAGAUUAGCCGCGAGGGGUCAUCAUCUUGGGGAAUGUGGAACGCCGCUCCGCGAAAAGAGGAAAAGCGUCCCUCGCGGUCGGAGCGUAAGGAGUCUGGCUCAUCAUCCAAGACUCGGGAGGAAAAGCCAGAGCGCAUCAAGGAGGCGCCGGCCAAGACACGGGUAGCUAGUGUACUAGCGAGUACGCCACCCUUGUCGCGAUCGGCGUCGACCCGCGAGAAGAAGAGCUCUAGCCGCUCAUCGCGCCGCAGUGCCGAAGUGAACCACGGGCUCGUAUCGCCGCCCCCGGAGGAAGCGCCAGAAAUGAACGACAAGGCCGCUAGGAUACUUGGUGUCAAGUCGUCGGGUAGUCGGCGAAGCAAGACGCGAUCUGCACCACCAGAGGACGAUGACAUUGUCAUGGUUGGGGCUUCCGACGCCAGUCCGGAAAAGCCAUCACGACGCAGAUCCAAGGUAAAUUUUGACCCAGUGCAACGUCAAAAAAGGAAAUGGGGACAGUUGACUGACUCGGCGCAGCGUGAACAGGCCCCCAGGGAUGAAGACAUCGUCAUGGUCGAGAAUCCUGACCCCGCAACCCCACUGAAGCGAUCAAACUCGAGUGCCAAGAAAGGUCUCGCAGGUCUAUUUGGAGGCAUCCUUUCGACACCUCGGUCUGAAGCUCGUCCUGACGGUCGACCGGAGCUCCGUCGCCGGGGCACGUACAUGACAACCGAUGAUGAGGGUAUACAUGGCGGACCUUCUGGGGCUGCCACGGAGACGGAAGAGGCAAGACGGGCUGCCCGGCGUGCUCGUCGUGCAGAGCGGGGAGGAGUUGACCCACGCCAUGCCGAGGAAGCGAGGGCAGAGAAAGACGAAGCCCGUCGGGAGCGCAGGCGGAGGCAUGAGGACGAAAACGCGGAAGCGAGGCGGCAAGAGGAGAGGGAGGCAAGGCGCGCAGAGCGGAGGGCGCAGCGAGCAAGGGAGGAGGCGGAUCGGGCGGCUGCUGAGGAGCAGCAGCAGAAAGAUGCGGAAAGGGCCGAGAGGCGACGAAUGCGGCGAGAGCGUGAACGCCAAGCGGCUGCCGCAUCCGCACCGGAGGACGUGCAUCCCGAACCUCGACCUGAGCGGCAACGUCGGGGGCAUGAGAGUGAACGAGAAGACGACGAGGAGCGUCGGCGUCGCAGGGAAGCGCGUCGGGCGGCUAGGGAGGCCGAGGCUGCCGGGGGUGGCAAGUCAAGUGGUCGACGGCACCGUGGCGAGAAUCCGUACCCACGCGAAGCGGACCGUCGCAAGGACGGGUGGCCACAUUCGGGAACGUCGUCGUGGGUUAAGGACCAUUCUGACGCGCCGCCGCCACCCGAGGGCGAGGACGAGGAUGCAAGGCGAGAGGCACGGCGGGCAGCUCGUCGGCGAAGCAAAUACGGUGGCAGUGGGGGAGGCGACGAUAUCGACGCUGCGGCGGUUGAGGAUGAGCAUCACAGGCGAAGACGGCACCGGGAUGAGGCACGAAGGGCGCCGACGGCCGGUGGAUCGGACGGGAGCGACGAGCGGAGGCAAAGUCGACGAAAUUCGGUGUUUGGGGACUCUGCCCCGGCGGCAAGGAGUAGUUGGUGGAAGAAGCUAACAGGGUCUUAGGCGUACUUUUGAGCGAGCGUUCUUUCAUUGUUUGUUUGGAUUUAUGUUGUUGCGAGUUUGUCACCAGUAGAUAGAGGAGGUGUAAGCUUUUUUGGAUACUCCCUUGGGCGAACAAUCAAUACCCAUUAUGUAGCUUCAUAUUAUACAUGUUUCAAUUUUUUACACUUGUUUGACUAUGGGCUCUUUUCUUUUUUUUUUUUUCUUUUUUUUUUCCUCGACUUGGAUGUGCA